CAAAGAUCCCAGAGGUGAACAUUUCUGUAGGUGGGAAAGUUAGUCAAAAUGAGAACAGAACAGAGGCUUUUAUCAAGAGAGAGGGAGAGACCAAAGUCAAACUGGAAAACACUGACAUCAAGCAGACUCAAUAUCAGCCACAAGAAAGAACAGUUGCUGAAGAAAACCAGCAGCCAAAGAUUUCAAAUUUAAGAUCAUUCUGGGAGAAAGAAAAGACUUGUCCAAAGAUUUUGAUUGGCAAAUCUAGUGAACCUGCUAAAUGGGAAAACUUCAUCACUAGUGAUAUUAACAGAAAGCCAACUAAAAGUGUAGAGGACAAACAUAGAAGUGAACGAAACUUGAAUGUAACAUAUCCAGGACAUCAGAAAAGAAAUAAAGAUGGGGAAGAUUUAGACCUUGAUCAUGUUGGAAAUGCCAAUACCACUUAUAAACCUCAAGUACCCAUUUUUACAGAUGGCUCGAAACCAUCAUUGAUAUAUGGUAAUCAGAAGACUGACCAAAUUAGUGCAAGCUCUCCCUUGGAGAAAGAUGUUACUCUUCCACAUAUAAAAUUAUCUUCGCCAUGCCUUGACCGUGGAUCCUUGCUAGUGGGUCAAAAUGGUGUUAGCAAGGGAGGCACCAUUAGCAUCAACUGUGCAGAUCACACCACUCGAAAGGAAUUAGAGGCAAAACCAAAAACCGCACCAAGGACGAAUCAAGUCCCUUUUGUUAAGCAGAAUUCCCAGCAAGAGAAUAUGGCAGAGAGGAUCAAGCAACUCAAGUCCUUCUGGGAGAAAGAAUCUAGAACAUCAGCAGCAGCAGCUCAAAACAGAUCGACUACUACUGCUCGACUGAACCAAAGAUUUACUAAAUCUGAGAUUGAUCUCAGAAAAAUAGGUACUGAGUAUGGUGAUUAUCAUGAAGAUGUUGAGGACAGUACUUCAGCCAGAGGUAGACUGUCUCCCAAUUUCUCUGUGCAUCCGCUAUGGAAGGAUAAAGCAGUUGUGACAGAUGUGACAGAUGGUAUGAGAACUUUACAGUUUAAGAACCUGCGUGACUUCUGGGGAGGAUCACCUACAAAAUCUGGUCAAAGGUCACCGGUUCUUGAAAGUGGAAAUCAGAGAUCAUUAAGUCCACAAAGUCAAAAUGAGAGAGCCAAUGUCAAAGACUUUGUAAAUGAAAGCCAGAAUAACAAAACUUCCUCACCAGCCAAAACUAGAGUAUUCCACUCUCCCUCGAAGAAGAGGAUUAUGUCAAGACAAGAAUCUGGAUCAAAAACCGGGCCGUCACAUGUGGUCUCAGGCGAAGCAAUCUCCUAUGGACUUUCUCAUUCUAUUCAGCAACAGAAAGGCUCUCAGACCUCUUCAGAAGCCACAAUGUUACCUAAACCUCAGGUUGGCCAAGAGUUACAACCAAAACACAGUAGAAGAAACAGCAAAGGCAGUCUAAAUGGAAGACCACAUGCCAUGCGACGUGGCACCAGCAUGUUUUCUGUGAACACUGAGGUUGAGGAGCAAAGCCAGGACUUAAAUCUUCAGUCCAGGAAGUCCCAGGGCACCAAUCUGCAACGGGUUAAAAAGGCACCAGAAGCCAUCAUCACACAGUCCAGGAAAACACAGGAAGCUUGUUAUACCCUGCCAAAAACUUCCCCAGAAAUCUCUUGGAGAGAGAGAGACAAAAACACUCAGAGAAGGCCGUCACGUACUCCAGAGGAUUCUGACUCUCAACCUUUUGCUAGAUCCUUUAUUCCACGGGACUACCAGCAUUACCUCGGCAUCACAGAGGACAGAAGUAUGUACACUCCACCUCCAGUUACAGAGCAGGUUGAAGAUUUUAUCUGCACUUCAUUUACAUCAUCUCCAGAGACCCACCACAGCUGUAAGUGUUCCCCUGUGAAAACCAGUACUCCUGUACACGGCUCCUCCAUCCUACAAGCCAUGAGAGGGAGCCUGGGACACCACUCAACCACACAAACUGAUAGAAAUGCCACUAAGGGGAAUUUAAACCGUGAAAAUGAGAGUCCCAUUCAGAAAGCCUUGAAACGUGCUUCAUCUAGACCUGUGAACCAUAAAAGCAUGGAAGACAUCAGCACUCUUCCUAGACAAGACCAACAGCAAACACAUGACUACAUGCAGGGCAACUAUGAUGACUCCAGCACACUUGUCCAGACUUCCUUUGCCACAUCAGACCCAGUGCACCUGAAGCAACUCAGCAAAUCAGUGCCCUCAUUCCUGCAAAAAGAAAGUGAUGGAGGCGAGAGUGACUCCGAGAGCAACAGUGUACUACAGUGGAAUAACAGACAAUUCACUGACCUCAGCUCUGGAUCCACCUUCCUGUCAUCCGUUAGCGGCAGUGUUGUGAGCGUGUACAAUAGUGUCUACAGCAGUGUUGACAUUCAAGGAAGCAUCCAGUUUUCACUAAACUAUGUGCACAAAUUGCGGGAGUUCCACAUCUUUGUUGUUCAGUGCCAAAAUCUGGCAGCAGUGGACAUGAAGAGGAAUCGAUCUGACCCGUAUGUUAAAAGUUGCCUCAUACCUGAUCCUGCCAAUCUGGGAAAAAGAAAAACUGCUGUGAAGAAGAAAACACUGAAUCCUACAUACAAUGAGAUUCUUAGGUACAGAGUACGAAUGGAGUACCUGAUGUCCCAGGUGCUCAACCUUUCAGCAUGGCACAAUGACACAUUUGGUCGUAACAGCUUUCUGGGUGAGAUAGAGCUUGACCUCUCCUCUUGGGAUUUUAAUGACAAAGAGUGGAAGCUUUUACCUCUUAAACCAAGGAAUAUUUUCUCUGAGACCACGAACAGCCUCCAGCCAUCUGACUUCAGAGGACAGAUGACACUGGCCAUUCGUUUCCUGCCACAGACUUCCCACUCAAAGAACAUUCCUGACUCUGGUGAAGUGCAUAUCUGGGUCAAAGACUGCAAGAAUCUCCCUCUCAUCAGAAGUCCAACUAUUGACCCAUAUGUAAAAUGCUUUGUACUCCCCGACACCAGCAAAAAGAGCCGUCAGAAGACUCGGGUGCUGAAGAGAACCGCCAACCCUAUAUUUAACCACACUAUGGUGUAUGAUGGCUUCGGGGCAGAGGACCUGAAAGAGGCUUGUGUGGAGCUUACUGUUUGGGACCGUGACCGACUAGCCAAUCACCUUCUCGGAGGCCUGAGACUCUGCAUGGGCACAGGCAAGAGUUACGGAGUACAGGUGAACUGGAUGGACUCUACAGCAGAGGAAGAGGCUUUAUGGAGGAGAAUGAUGGAGUCUCCCAGUGAAUGGGUGGAGGCCAUGUUACCACUGAGAAGGGUAACAGCAGCCAAAAACACAUGGAAAUGAGAUAACAGGGACAUCUUUCAAAUAAUAUAUGUCCACAUAAAAUACCUAGCAUUUGUUAUGACAUAUAGUAUAAUAGAUUAUAGUUUCUGCCGCCAUGUUAACAUGAGUUUCGUUACCAUAGAGUAUAUAGAUAUCUGG